AUUUUCGCUGGUAAUUGUCCAAGAGACGUCAUGCUCGCGAACCACCGAAGGCUCCCCGAGGAGAGAGAAAGUAAUAAAUUUUAGUUUCAGUUUAGACAUACGCUCGCUCACUGCUCGUUAAGUGAAAUAAAUCCUGUUAUUGAUUAUUUUAUACAGUGGCUCAGGUUAUUUUCAAAGCAGUUCUAUUUCGAAAAGUAAAGUCAACUAACUACUGACAACAAUGAGUCGAGAACAGGAGUUUGAGGAGGACGCUUACGUGGACGUGCGGUCGCUGCCGCUGCGGCCGCCGCAGCCCGCGCCGCAGCCCGAGCGGCCGGCGCGCCGCCCCUGGCACCCCGUCAUGUGGGACGACUCCAUCGCCGGCAUCGUCUCACCCACCGCUGAUGUUGUCGAGGAGAAACGGCCACUUUCUAAGGAGUAUCCUCAUAAGCAGCGUAUAAGAAAUUUAAAAAGGCUUAUAGCGGAGGGUAAAGUUAAACCCUCUUCGGAAACUGUUAUAUUCUUUCUGUGUAACAAGUUUGCAAUCUCAAAGGAGCGGCAAUCGAAACUAGAUAUUAAGUGAUAUUGUAAAUAUGCAACUACAAAAAUGUGAUGUCUGUUGUGUUAAGUUUUAAAUAACAAAAAGUUUAGGUUUACUUCAUGUUUUUUAUGUUAUUUUAUUAAGGCAAUGUCUGCAUACUAUCUACUGAAUUUUAUACAAAUAAGUGCAGCAAACUAAAUAACCAUUUUUGUAUUUGUUAUAUUAUUUAAUUAAUUUCUAAUAUUUUAGUUUAAGAUUUUUACAAGGUAAUGGUGUUUAAUAAAAAAAUAAAUAUAUAUUGUCAUACACUAACGCUUAAAUAAACGAAAUCAAUAAAAGUAUUUAACAAGUUCAUUUCAUUCACAAUAACUUUAUGUGUAUUUAUGUAAAUAUCGCUACCAAUUUAGUAACAAAUCGGAAGCUGUAAAUAAAAAAAACAGAGCAGGGUAUAAAUACAAAGAAAUAUAAAAUAUCUAUUUAUCUUAUUAUUACUUUAUCGAAAUGCAACUUAUUGCGGCUCCCUCCGUAUCGACAUAUAUCUUCUGUUUCUAUAUUACAUAGAGGCUAAUACGUAUAAAAAUUAUGCAAUUUAUUCCUCCCGGUUGUGAGACUUCACAAAUUACGAAAUUGACCUAAUAUAAUUUCGCUUCAGUUCCGUACAAGCCGAUCAUUAAAUUAAAUAUAAAAAAAAAUA